CCUGAGGGAAGGAAGACUCUUUCUCUUCUUCUCCAAAAAGUCGUCUCAUUCGAUUCAAUUCAAUCCCCUCCGCGAAAAUCUUUGCAGAUCAACGAAUUCAAUCUCCGGAUUCCGAAACUCUAUCCUACCCGGAUCCGAUUCCGUGACCGAUUUGAAUCUUGGGUUCAGAUGAUCACACACCGUUAGAAAUCUAGGGUUCGAGGUUUAGAUUACUGCGAUAAAUGUCGCGAUUUCCUCGUGGGUUCGUGGGGGAUUCGUCAAUGGAGGAACCCGAGACGCCUCUUCGUCGUCCGAGUAUUUGCUUCAGGCCGAUAAACCCUUCUGAUUUGGAACGUCUGGAGCAGAUCCAUCGCGACUUGUUCCCGAUCAGGUAUGAGUCUGAGUUUUUUCAGAAUGUUGUCAACGGUGGUGAUAUCGUCUCUUGGGCCGCUGUUGAUCGGAGCCGUCCUGAUGGUCACUCUGAGGAGCUUAUUGGUUUUGUUACUGCUAAGUUCGUGCUUGCCAAAGAAAGUGAAAUAUCAGAUUUAAUAAGAUAUGACUCGUCCAAGGGAGAGGAGACAUUGGUGUACAUCCUAACGCUUGGAGUUGUAGAAACCUACAGAAAACUCGGAGUAGGUAGUGAUUAUAUAACCCAAUCAAAGUCGCUUAUUAAGGAGGUCAUCAAAUACGCUUCUAGUAUCCCCGUGUGCCGUGGUGUUUACCUUCAUGUGAUUACACACAACAAUCCAGCAAUCAGAUUGUACAAAAGAAUGUCUUUCAGGUGUGUAAGGAGACUACACGGAUUCUACCUAAUCAACGGCCAGCAUUUCGAUUCUUACUUGUUUGUCUACUUUGUCAACGGUUCUCGCUCUCCUUGCUCACCCUUAGAUCUUGUGGUGUUGGUUCUGAACUAUGUGAGGAGUGGGAUUAAAGUAGUGGCAUCAAAGCUGACAAUGAAGCAGGAAGAGAAAGGCUUGAAAGGGGUUAAAUGCAAAGACAACAUGCGGUGUCUAUUGCCAACACAGACCAAACGAAACCUUGCAUCAUCAGGGUACGAUUACGUUUAGUGUUUUGUAUCUGAUUCAUUUCCAUGUAUUACUAAGCUCUGGUUAUAUGAUCCUAAUAAUGUAAUAAAAAUGUAAAUAUUGUGAUAGUCGAAAAAACUUAUCUUUUGGUGAUAUGAUCAUAAUUAAGGCUUACUGGGCCUGUUACGGUUA